GUGUGAAAGCACAGACUGUGUGGAGACUGUAAGUUUUAAUACUGGGUGGCAAACUCAUGGAAGUGGCAGAAACUAUGCUAGCCAGACAGGUCAUGGAAGUAUGAUAGGUAUGAAUACGGGGAAAAUGGUAUCCUAUUCUUACAGAUGCAAGACAUGUAGGUUUUGCGACAGGGCUAAUGAUGGUCCUGAAAAACAACACGAUUGUAGCAAAAGUUGGGACAAGUCUUCUAAAGCAAUGGAAUCUGAUAUGGCAAUAGAGGAAAAGCAUACUUGAAAAUUUUAAAAAAUAUAAUGAAAUAUACUUUUGCGCUACAUAAUGCAGCUAACAAAUGCUUGUGUAUUGUUAUAGAUGCUACAAGACCUGAAAGUGAGAGGAUUUCAUGUAAAGAAAUUGGUUAUGGACAAUUACUCAACAACAAUUUCAAGAGCAAUGCUUUUGAUAAAAAUCUUGAGAAGCAUUGUGAUUUCAACCACACCAAAAAAAACUUCACUAACAGACUGUUUGAAUUAAGGAAGGAGAAGAAGUACUCUGCUUUAGGCCCAAAGGCAAUCAAACAUAUCACAAAAUGUUUUACCUAUGCUGUCAAAGAUUUGUAAAGCAGCCGGAGCCUUAUAGGCCCCAAAAACCUGCCAAAUGGAAAGUAUUUACCAGGAGAGCAAUUGUUGGAAGAUCUUCAGAAAAUACUUGACUCUUUCAUCAACAGUGCUGAGAGACUUUUAAAGAUGGGCAGCACGCAAGGAAAUGAACUAAGGAAAAUAACUAAGAAUCCCAAGAACAGGUUCUAUGGUGGUUACGAGUCCACCGCCUUCAGAGUGGCGGCAGCUAUUUCACAAAAAAAUAUUGGUCAUGAUGCUCUUUCUAAGGUUUAUGAAAACCUAUUACUGUCACCUGGAAAGAAUACACAACUGUUUCUUGCACGUGCUGCGAACAAACGCGCAUAUAACAAGCACAUCAAAUCCAGCAUUGCAUACAAUAAACGACGCCAUGAACUCGUCUUCAACGACAAAACAGCUGAAAUUAAGGAAGGGACAACAUAUCAAUCUGGUGUUGACCUAAAUCCUUCUGCAACAUCUUCAGCAUCCACAGAGGAAAUACCAGAUACAAUUGUACGACCAACCCCAACAGUGGUGGACAAAGGAAAUCAUACAUUCAUCUAUUUUGAGUUGGAGACCACUGGCUUGGGAACUUCCUGCGAUAUAAUUCAGUUGGCAUGUGUGGCUGGAGAAGACAGUUUUAAUAGGUACGUUUUUCCUAAGUCACCAAUCACAGACGGUGCAACAGCUGUAACUGGAUUAUAUGUUGCAAGUGGGAAGAUGUAUUUUCACAAGAAUAAGGUUGAUAGUGUUUCUGUUGAAGGGUGUUUAGAAGAUUUUACUCAGUGGUUAAAACAGUAUAGCAAACCAUUACUUGUUUGUCAUAAUGGUCGAGCAUUUGAUUCUAUUAAUUUAUUGAAAACUUGUCAAAAUAAUUCUUUUUCAUUACCAAUUGAAGGUUUUGUUGAUAGUUUAUUUGUAUUUAGAGAAGCUUUACCAGACAGGAAAUGCUACAAACUUGAAGCCUUGGUUAAAGAUUGUAUGUCCAUGUCCUUUAAAGCUCAUUCAGCCCAUGAAGAUGUAAAGGCAUUGCAGUCAUUGGUUUUGCAGUGUAAAAUAAGUUGUGAUGUGUUAUUGAAACAUAGUUUUAGCGUAGAGUAUGUAACAUCUUCCAUAGAUUAUAAAUCAAAGACAGAUGAAUGCUUAGGGUCUCUACAACCACUGUCAAAUUGUCUUUCAAAAUACAUGUUAAGAAAAAUAGCACAAUCUGGUUUGUCAUACCAACACCUUAAGAUGGCAUAUGAAAGAGGAGGACCAGAGGGUUUAGAGAAUACCCUAAGUGAGACAAACUCUGACGGUAUUUUAAGGGUUGCCAAAACACGGUCCAUUUUUUCCAAGAUCAUAAAUCAUUUUUCAAAUUAAAAUUAUAUUUCUCACAACCAGGAAUUUUAAUCUGCUGGGGUUUUUCCUCUUUGCAAAUGUGUAAUGUAUUAUUUCUUUUUUUUUGGUAUUGUUGUUGUUAAUUGCAGUAAUUUAAUUUUAAUAUAUAUUGAAAGAGGGGUAUCAUAAAAGGUAUGGCAGACAAUGUAAGUAUGAUUCCAUUUCUCUUUGAGAUGUUUGUAGAGAU